UCGAGGUGCUCCCAGCCGUACGCGCGGAAGUAAACACCGCUACGUCAUCAGCCUGCGCCUCCGCCUUCCCCUCCGGUCUCCCUCCUCGGUGGACGCGCUCCGCUCCGCUCGGGGCCAGGUCUAUGUCCCGGCUUCCCACCGUCGCGGGCAGGGCGCCAAGGCGGCAAGAGGAGGGAGAGCGGCCCAGAGACCCCCAGGAAGAGCGGCCUUCGGCUGUCUCCGGCGCGGACAGAGAAGACAAAGGAUGCACAUCACAGGAGGGAGGAACUACUCCAACUUUUCCUAUUCAAACACAAAGAAAAAAGCUUAUUCAAGCUGUGAGGGACAAUUCCUUCCUUAUUGUUACUGGAAAUACAGGAAGUGGUAAAACAACCCAACUUCCAAAAUAUCUAUAUGAAGCAGGGUUUUCACAACAUGGAAUGAUCGGUGUGACUCAACCACGAAAAGUAGCUGCCAUAUCAGUUGCUCAGAGGGUUGCUGAAGAAAUGAAAUGCACUUUGGGAUCCAAAGUAGGAUACCAAGUUCGUUUUGAUGACUGCAGCUCUAAGGAAACAGCAAUCAAAUAUAUGACUGAUGGAUGUUUAUUGAAACAUAUUCUGGGAGAUCCAAAUCUUACCAAAUUCAGUGUCAUUAUUUUGGAUGAAGCCCAUGAGAGAACUCUAACUACAGACAUCUUGUUUGGUUUAUUGAAGAAGCUAUUUCAUGAGAAAUCUCCUAGCAGGAAGGAGCAUUUAAAGGUCGUAGUGAUGUCAGCAACUAUGGAAUUAGCCAAGCUCUCUGCAUUCUUUGGAAAUUGUCCAAUAUUUGAUAUACCUGGAAGGCUUUACCCAGUCAGAGAAAAAUUCUGCAAUUUGAUCGGCCCACGAGACAAAGAAAAUACUGCAUAUAUUCAAGCGAUUGUGAAAGUGACCAUGGAUAUCCAUUUGAAUGAAAUGGCUGGCGACAUCUUGGUUUUUCUGACUGGUCAAUUUGAAAUAGAAAAAAGUUGUGAAUUACUUUUUCAGAUGGCAGAGUCUGUUGAUUAUGAUUAUGAUGUUCAAGAUACCACUCUAGAUGGCUUAUUAAUAUUGCCAUGCUAUGGAUCUAUGACAACAGAUCAACAGAGGAGAAUAUUUUUACCACCACCACCUGGAAUUAGAAAAUGUGUCAUAUCCACUAAUAUUUCUGCAACAUCUUUGACAAUAGAUGGAAUCAGCUAUGUGGUAGAUGGUGGCUUUGUGAAGCAGUUAAAUCACAAUCCCAGAUUAGGAUUGGACAUCCUGGAGGUGGUUCCAAUUUCAAAGAGUGAGGCAUUACAGCGAAGUGGUCGAGCUGGUAGGACUGCCUCAGGAAAGUGCUUUCGGAUCUAUAGCAAAGAUUUUUGGAACCAGUGUAUGCCCGACCAUGUGAUCCCUGAGAUUAAGAGAACUAGUUUGACAUCUGUAGUUCUGACCUUAAAGUGCCUUGCCAUACAUGAUGUUAUAAGGUUUCCUUAUUUGGAUCCACCUAAUGAGAGACUUAUUUUGGAAGCCCUGAAACAGCUUUAUCAGUGUGACGCUAUUGACAGGAAUGGCUAUGUGACCAGAUUGGGUUUGUCUAUGGUAGAAUUUCCUCUCCCUCCACACCUGACAUGUGCUGUAAUAAAGGCUGCUUCUCUGGACUGUGAAGAUCUACUACUUCCAAUAGCAGCAAUGUUGUCUGUGGAAAAUAUCUUCAUUAGACCUGUUGAUCCUGAGUACCAGAAGGAAGCAGAACAGAGACAUCGAGAAUUGGCAGCUAAAGCUGGAGGAUUUAAUGACUUUGCAACUUUAGCGGUUAUUUUUGAGCAGUGCAAAUCAAGUGGAGCUCCAGCUUCCUGGUGCCAAAAACAUUGGAUUCAUUGGAGGUGCCUAUUUUCUGCAUUUCGUGUUGAGGCUCAACUUCGAGACCUAGUCAGGAAGCUUAAACAGCAAAGUGAUUUUCCAAAAGAGACCUAUGAAGGCCCUAAACAUGAAGUACUACGAAGAUGUCUUUGUGCAGGCUAUUUCAAAAAUGUAGCUCGAAGAUCUGUUGGGAGAACAUUUUGCACAAUGGAUGGGCGUGGAAGCCCAGUUCACAUUCAUCCUUCCUCAGCACUUCAUGAACAGGAAACAAAACUUGAAUGGAUCAUUUUUCAUGAGGUAUUAGUUACCACCAAAGUCUAUGCAAGAAUUGUGUGUCCAAUUCGCUACGAAUGGGUAAGAGACUUGUUACCCAAGUUGCAUGAACUUAAUGCACACGACUUGAGCAGCGUGGCCCGACAUGAAACAAGAGAAGAUGCAAGAAGGAAAUGGACAAAUAAGGAAAAUGUAAAACAUCCAAAGGAUGGAAUAUCAAAAGAAGUCCUAAAGAAAAUGCAAAGGAGAAACGAUGACAAAUCCAUAUCAGAUGCCCGUGCUCGUUUCCUUGAGAGAAAGCAGCAGAGGGCCCAGGAUCACGGUGACACCCUGAAGGGAACAGGCUAAGCAUCGAACCCUCCAAUUCAGGAAGCAGGAAAAGCAGCCAUGGAAUGUGCUUCUACAAUACUUUACCGUUUAUGUAAGACAGCGCCGCCAAGAGGAAGUGGUCAGCAGUUGUUUUUAGCAUAUGGGCUAAAAGCAAAUCAAACCCAUUAAUACCAAUGGAUGGAAUUUUCAGAGAAGAUUGGGUUGCCAUAGUCAUAGGCAGUGAUAUAUGAAACCAAUGAAAGACAAUACAUGUGAUAUUUUUCUCACUUCAAUUUUGCUGGCCUUAACUGGUAUCAAAUGCUGUUGUUAUUUUCAAAGAACAUUGAAUUUUCUGUUAUCGGUGUGUAUUCCAUUUGCAUUGAAGCAUUAAAAAUUAUUUUCCUUAAAUAUCUUUAAGGCCUUCUUUUGCUAUUAGAAUAGUAUUAUAUCAGGCUAUCAGGUAUGUGACCAUUUCCUUCAGAAGGCUGAACAUUAGAGGUUUUUAUUCAGCAAAAUUUAGAUGUCUAUUUAGUUGCUAAAGAGCUUUAUAGAUAUUUAGAGAAAAGACUUAACUAGUCAAUAGAAAAUUGCCUAUGGCAGUAUUCUUUGUUGAAUUAAUAUUAAUACUUAAAUUGAUUUUUCUGGGAUUAUAUAAAUUCUUUUUUAUAUAAAAGUAUAUUUAAAAUAGUAGCUAUAGCCAUUAACCAAAGGACAGAUGUAUGUAUAUAUGUAUGUAUGUAUAUGUAUAUGUAUAUGUAUGUGUUCUUUUUGUAGCUGUCUCUACAUACUGUAUCAGCAUCAUAUAUGUAGUUGUGACAGUGUUUUCAAACAGCUCUUCUACCUGGCCUACUCUCUUGCCUCCAGCUGCUUGGGUAGAACCAUUUAAACAUCUAUUAUGUUGUCUUGAAAUGGGAUUUUCAGAGCAGCCAACAUUACAUCACCAGUGUUUCAAAUUGGAACCUUGAGGCUAAUUAAUACCACACUCAGGCCAUAUUCAACACUUGUCCACUCUAUUGUUUACGUCUUGUAUUCUAGUUGUUUGUGUACUUGCCUUUCUCCCACUACAUUAUAUGCUCUUGUGGGCAGGAACUAUCUCUUUUUCAUCUUUGUAUCUUUCAUGGCACCUAGCACAGUGCUUUGCACAUAGUAGUUGCUCAAUGUUCGUUAAAUAAAGCUAUUAAUGUAUUUAAAAUUCAAAAGACAGUAUAAUGUGUGUUUUUAGAAUUUUUGGUAAAAACUAAGAAUCUAAAUUGGUUAUUGGUAACUAACACUUCUGCAGUUAAAUAGUUUUCUGUCAAAAGUAGAGACUUCAAAAUCUGUAUUGAAAAAUCACAUGAGGACCCAAAUCCAUGUGUUUGUUCUUGAAGUAAGGUGAGUGGUGACAGUUUCUAUGAACGUUCCCUGCAUUAUUAAUUUAUUUUCAUUUUAAGUGUUUCAGCAUGUUUGUCCUAUCAGUUCCCUUGUCAGGUGUAUGUAUUGGUGCACCCCUUUGAUAUGGUGUAUGUGGAUUCUUAGAAUAAAAGCUCUUUUAUUUCUGUAAAUUAAGCACACAUUCAGUAAGUUAAGCACAUGUUCUAAAUCUAUAGUCCAUUCUCAAAUUUCAUUAGAUUUCGUAAUAAUGUCCUUUAUGUUUUCCCAAUUCAGGAUUUAGUCAAGAAUCAAGUAUUAUAUUUAACCUCUUUUAAUCUGGAAAAGGUCCUUAGUCUUUGUCUUUUUAUGUAUAUCAAUUCUUUUAUUUUUCUUUCAUUGCAUUGAACAUUUUAGAAUAACAUUUUGACAUUUUAAAAUAAUACAGACUAGUUAUUUUAUAGAAUGUUCUCAAUUUGCGUUUCUCUGAAGGCAUCAAAUUUGGAGGCACAUGGUAUUUGCCCCUUAUUGAUAAUAAUUUUGAUUGUUUGGUUAGGGUUUUUAUUUCUUCAAUAAGUAAUUUGGAGGAGGAUACUUGGAAAUAGCUUAUUUCUCAUAAAUUAUCACCCUUUGGAUUUAUCAUCAACUGAUGAUUAUUGCCUGAUUCAGUUUUAUUCUAUGGUUACAAAAUGGCGAUUCACCUCUAAUUCUUUGCUAUAUUUAUUUGUUAUAUUGUAAGGAAGAGCUUUCCUUGAAGAAGAAUGUCUGAUAAACAGAUGGGUGCUAGAGAGCAUAGCUCAGGACAGAGAAUUAGAAAGCUAACAGGAUGGCAAAUAGUCCAGUUUGUUUGGUGCACAGAGUAUAUAUAGAAGGUAUAGGCUAAAAAUGUUGGUCAAGGACAGAUUAUGGAAGGCUUUGAAAGCCACACUAUGGAAUUAAGACAUUUUUGUGCUAUAUAUGAAUUUAUUGGAGGGGAGUGACAUCAUUACAGCCUUAAGGUGUAUUUGUGGCAGUGGUGUCCAUAAGAGGAAUUUACAGUAUAUCUUUGAGAGGAAUAGUACUGGAUCUAGUUGAAAAGGUGGAAGGAGCCUUGGAGGAAAACGUGGUGGUUGUGAAGACGUUUGUUUUUUAAAGAAUAUAGAAGAUUCGCCUUUAAAUUACUAAAUGAGACAAAACAAAAAGAAACAAAUGAAGACAAAUGUUAUCAUAGAAAAUUAGGCAAAGGAUCCAGCCUGUCAUUUCAUAAAAGAAGAAACAUGAAUGGUCAAUAAAUAAGAUCCUGAAUCUUCCUAGUAAUUAGGGAAAUACAGGUUGAAAAUAACAGAUGCCAUUCUUUUUCAUCAGAUUGGCAACAGUAAUAUGCCUGAAAAGUACUGACAUAGAAUUGUUUUUUAGAGAACAAUUUUGGUAAUAUGUAGUAAAGUUGAAGAUGUGCCUAACACAUUAAGCAUCCAGUCAGUCACCAGUGACUGACACUAUACUUUCCGUCCAGAAAACAAAACAGGCUGGGCGCUUAAAUGUGUUAACCUGUGACCCACCUUUACAUUUACAUCCUAGGAACUCAGAUUAUAUAAAAUACUUUAUUCCUCAUAAAAUGUAACUCCCAUAGAUUUAACAUUAGUUGAUUCAUAAAAAUGUUAUGUAUACCAUUGUUCCUAAUAAUAUUGAACAGUGCAUAUAGCUAUCAAUAGGAAAAUGGUUGAAUAAAUUGUAUUAUGUUCU